AUGUUUUCGAUACCUGUAGAGAUAUUUCGACAAGUUUUUGAACAUUUUUUAAAAGACAAACAUUCAUUAUUCUCUUGCCUUUUAGUCAAUAAAACAUGGUGUGAGAUAAUAGUAUCUAUUUUAUGGAGUGAGCCUUUUCAGGUUAUAAAAGGACCAUCAGCAACAUUAAUAACGACAUAUCUUUCUUGUUUAAAUGUAAAUGAGAGGGAAAUAUUAAUCAAAUCAGGAAUCGAUCUAAGCAAUUUAUUCAAAAGAAAACCAAGUUUUGAAUACGCGUCAUUUUUGAGACAUCUUAAAUAUGUGGAUUUUUAUGAAUCAUCAUCAGCGUGGUUGCCAGAUUCAAAUAAGGAUUCAACGAAAAUCUUUACAGUAACAAGAGAAUUAUGUAAAUUGUUUAUCAAAUGUUCAAAAAUACUUAGCCUUAAUAUUAAUUUAGAAUUACUUCCUCACCCACCAGACAAUGCAGAUUAUAUGUUAAUACCAUGUUUUCCUAAUGCAGAAACAAGUUUAUUACAACUACAAGAAUUUAACUGUUGUGGAACAUACGAUAAGAAAGAAAUUUUCAUAGCGUUAUCACAACUUUGUAGAAAUCUAACAAGUUUAAGCAUAGAUUAUUAUUUAGAUGAUAUUAUAAAAACGUCAGCUCCAACGAAAUUAGCGCAAUUAAUUAAAAGUCAACAAUCAUUACAAAAAUUUAAAAUUCAAACAUAUUACAGAUCUUUAUCAAAAAUUAUACCAGCGUUAGAAAGUCAACAAAAAACUCUCAGGGAAAUAGAAUUUCGUGGUAUUAAUUUUGAAGAUGAAGUAACGUUCGCACCUCUCAUAGCUUGUAAAAAUUUAGAAUCCUUAAUAUUUUUGAAAUGUGAUAAUGUCAAAAACGAAGCAACAAAACCAUUGGAAACAGCACACUUUCCAAAAUUAAAAAAAUUGAUAUUUCAUGUGGAUCAUAAUCCUCCAUUAACAUUAACAUCAUUCAUAUUCAACAAUAAUGAUACAUUGCAAGAAAUUUCAUUGGGAUGGCCACCGAUUUAUGAUUCACAAGAAGAUCCAAAAAUAAUCGAAACGAUUAUUCAGUAUUGUCACAAUUUAAUUAUAUUUGAUGCUCAUUUACAAAUUCAUCAAUUAAAAUCAUUAUUAAUUUCUUGUAAUAAGUUGGAAAAAUUAAUAGUACAUGGUCGAGAACCUUUAAAUGCUAAUGAAUUCUUAAUCGAUAUUGGGCAAAUGAUCCCUGAAAAUCUAAGGAAGCUUACUGUUAAUGCAAUAUGGUCUUUUACUCCUAACACUUUAAAAGAGUUUUUAGAUUGUUGUAUUGCACCUUUAGAAGAUUUGGGUUUUCCUGAUUGUUAUGCUAUUAAUGAUAAUCAUUUAAUUAUUUUCACUGAAUAUGCUAAGGAAAAAGGUACACUGAAGAAUUUAAAUAUUAAAAUAUCUCAAAUUACCAGAGAAGCUUUCGAGGUUGCUAAAUUUAGUAUUGAAAAUAUUGUACAUUGUGGUAGUUUUUAA